UAAAGUUUACUUAGAGAAGUGAGAACUUCCUGGUUUACCACUGCAGAUGGAAGUGAGGCAGUGGUCAAACCUCAUAGCCUCAACAAUGAGAGUCCAUCACUUCUGCUUCUUUGUCAUGCUGCUGAGUGAUAAUGAUAACGCGGGUCUCGUUAGUGCUGGUGAGACCGCCUGGACUGGAACUGAAGGAGGAUCCAUCACAGUUAAUUGCUCGUUUUUCUUUCGUGGAUCGAUGGCGAGCUUCUGUAAGGAGAGCUGUGACAAGGCAGGAAACAUUCUCGUUCAGACAGACGGCGACAGAGCUUGGAACGACAGAUACAGCCUUGAAUAUGAAAGAAAAUAUUUUCUGGAAUAUGAAAACAUUACUGCGACCAUCACAAAUCUGAAGAAGUCUGACUCAGGAUGGUACAUGUGUCGUUUGAAACGAUUGCUUUCCACUGCAUAUGAGAAGAUUCAGAUCAUUGUCAAAGAUGCUCCAACCACUGCAGAUGCACCACCACCACCAUCAUCAUCAUCAUCAUCGACAGCAGCAGCAGCAGCAGCAACGACCACAGCUUCAGCCACGUCACAGAGUUUCACUUCUACAUCCCAACCUGUGCUCCAACCGAAACUGAACAACAAUGUACUGAUGUAUGUGAGCCUGAUUCUGCUUUUCAUAAUCAUCGUAUUAUCAGUGGCUGUGCUGGUUUUCUGCAGGAACAGAGCCAGUAAAACUAAAGAAUCUCCAGAAAAAACAGAGGAACACGAGGUCAGCCAAGUGUACGAGGAGGUCAGAGACGAGUCCAGACACAGCAGAGCGCUUCCUGUGGAGGACUUGACUUAUUCUCUCGUACAAUUCACCAAACCGGACAGAGACGAAACCACAGACUGCUACACUUUGCUCACAGCUCAGAACACAGCUGGAUCUGCAGCAGCUGAGCAUCAGGAACAAACCACCGUCAUCUACUUUGUGGUUCAGGCAAACAUGAGCGCUGUGAGUCACAGUGACGAUGCUUCAUUUCCUCUGUACUCCACUGUCGCCUCACAAGGAGGCACACAGGAUGUUUAUGCUCGGACAACCUGCACAAACCAAUGUCUGAAUAUAUGAGUUUUAUACAAGAGAUUAUGGAAACUAUACAAGAGGUCUAGCGUUCUCUGAAAUACAAAGCGGAACCAGUGAGGAAAGCAAAUGUUUGUAUUAGCCCGGCUCCAAGUGAUUCACCCGAGACAACCCACUUUAAGAGGACCAGAGUCCAGUUCUGUGGUUUGCACCAGACGUCUUGGACAAUAUCCAAGAGACGAAUACGCUCCGGGUUCAGUUUAACUGGACUAAACAAGGCUCUCCUCAGUUAAGCUAUGGAUAUUAAAUAAGCUGUUAUGGUUAUUUUAGAAAACCUGCACUCGAUUGCCAACAUAUAUACAUAUAUAUACAUAUGUAUAUAAAAACGUUAUUGGGAUUUGAUAUUGAAUUUAUGCUUCAGUUUAAACAUUAUAAUUGUCCACCUGUCCAUCUGAAUGUAGAGAUUUCUGUCCUUUAGUCUGUCCCUCUUAUUAUUAUUAUUAUUAGUAGUAGUAGUGAUAUUUUUCAAAGUACCCAUUGUACGAAACCACACAGUGCUUAUAAUAUUGAAAUUUUCAUGUCUUACUAUAGCAUAUUUCUUUGUAUGACUUUGUUUUAAAUUGAAAUGUUAAUAUGACAAUUGCUACAACUGCAUUACAUGUUGUGACAUGCUGUAUAAAACUGUUUCUUCACUUUUCAUGGUUUACUUUACUUUUCUGGCAUUUAUACGACCUGCUUUGUAGAAAUGUAAAGUUUGGUCAGUGGCAGCAAACACUGGUUUUAAGCUCUAAGAACUUUGAGUAAAAGACAAGUGAAGUAAAUUACAUGUUUUUUUAAUGAAAAUACAUUUGACAUGUAUUGAACGUUUUACACAGUAUAUGGUCUUAACAUUUUACAAAACACUUGUAUAAAUAUUCACAGUGCAGUGUACGUGUCCACUUUACACGGUGAGCACUGAUAUUGCUGAACCUCACGCUGAAAUAUAAAUGCAACCUGAUUCAU